UUGCGCUUCCCUUUUUCCUUCUCUUGUAUGAUUCACCACCAGAUCCAACCUUAGAUCGCCGGGGAAGAUAAUACCUAUCGGCCAUGGCAAGCGACAGCGACCUCGACGAGGACGAGCUACUCCAGAUGGCUCUAAAGGAACAAUCGGAACGAGAUAUUAACUAUCACAAACAGUCGAAACCCUCCAAGCCCGUCGUCAACCUCGUCCAGGCUCCGCCCCCUCCCCCUUUCAUGCGUGCGAACAAUUUGAACCCUAUGCCUAACGCUAGGUCGAGAUCGAACUCUAAGGGGAAUCACAGGGACUCCAAGGGCGGUGCUGACGACGAUGAUGACUCGGAGGUCGAACUAUUGAGCAUCUCAUCUGGUGAUGAGGAGUCGUCCAGGGACUUGGGGGUUACACAGAAGGUGCGGCCGCAAAGAAAGGGCUCCAUUGAUGAAGACCGUGGGGAUGAUGGCGGUGAGCCUCGCUGCUGGAAGCGGGUCGAUGAGUCGGAGCUUGCUCGUAGGGUUCGUGAGUUGCGGGAGACCAGGUCAACUCCUCAAACUAUUGAUGCAAAACCAUUAGGACGAAAGGGGCUUGCUAACUUACAGUCUCUGCCUCAUGGUGUGGAAGUUCUAGAUCCACUAGGUUUAGGGGUAAUAGAUAACAAGUCUCUUAGGCUGAUUACAGAUGCUCUUGAAGAGAAACCUGAGGCAGUGGACCCUAAUUAUCGAGAAAAGGUGAUGUACACUUCUCCAAAUUUUAAUCCCAAAAUUUUUCUCACACUUGUCCACCAAGAGACUAGUGCUGCUGAUUUAGAAUCCGGUGCCCUUACAUUGAAAAGUCAUCUAAAAGGAUGGACUCAACAAAAGAAACAACUGGUGAAAGAGAACUUUGAUUGCUUUGUAUCGUGCAAGACCACUAUUGAUGAUAUUGAGUCUAAGUUAAGGCAAAUUGAGGAGGAUCCUGAAGGUUCUGGUACAACUAAUUUGUACGAAUCUACACAUAGAAUCAGUGAACUAGCAAAUCGUGCUUUCCAGCCUCUGUUUGAGAGACAGGUGCAAGCUGAGAAAAUUAGGUCCGUCCAAGGAAUGCUGCAGAGGUUCCGCACAUUAUUCAAUCUACCAAGUAUAAUUCGGGGGAACAUAAGCAAGGGUGAAUAUGAUUUGGCUGUUCGGGAAUAUAGAAAAGCAAAGUCAAUUGUUCUUCCUUCUCAUGUACGUAUGCUUUUAGUUUACUCUUGAUGGUUUUCUAUGUCA